AUGUCGGGUUUCCACUCAGUGAGCUGUAAGUCUGAGUGUGAGCGGCAGAGUGAGAACCACAACUCCCAGAAGGCCUGGCGGUGUGGUCAAUCUCCCAGCAGCCCCGGCGGUGUGGUCAGCCCUUUACCCGACCGUAGGAGCACAGAGGGGUGGGGUGCUACGCUAACAAACCACACUUACUGCUCCGAGGCCACAGCUGCAGAGCCGUGCAUCAGCAGCCUCCAGUGCAUGACCUCCACGAGCCAGCAGGACGCCGCACCCGCCCCCGCCUGCCCCGGACUUCACAUGAGGCGGCCGUGUGUGAGACAUGAGGUGGACGGUCAAUACACAACAUAA